UUAGAAGUAAGUAAUCACGACGGAGAACGUUGAAAUAAUGGCUCUUGUGAAGAAAAUUGGUUUAAUCAUUUCGAUUAUAAGUUUUCCUGAAUCAUUUUGCUUCGGGAAAGACCAAUCCUAUGGCGCAUGUCUUAAAGAAAUGAAUCUCGGCUUGGUCCCAAAAAUCUGCGAGAUGCGGAACUACGCCAUAAUCACUGGGAAUGCAAUGAACGCGCACAUGAAAUGCACUUUGAAAUCGUUCGGUUGGUCUGAUAAUAGUGCGGAGAUUAAAGUUCAAAGCGUAUUAAACGAUGCUCGUGCUGUGGUGGGUGAUUUGGAGAAAAAUAUCGCCCGUUGUGCUAGAAAAGCUGAAAACGCGUCGGUCAACAGUAAAGCAAAUCAAUUCUAUAUUUGCAUGCUGCAGUCCAAUUCUAAGGAAAUUUUCAAGACAAUAUUCGAUCUACGUGAAUUGAAAGCUUUGCACAGAUGGAAGAAACAAUCAUUUACAUUCAAAGCUGUGGCCGAUACUAUGAGGCGAGUGGAUGCGGAACAUAGAUGUCAUUGAUGCCGGAGAGUUGUGAAACUAAUCCAACCACGCUAGAAAGCAAUAAUUUAACCAUACAAGAAACUGUAUUUGAUUUUUCGAGUAUUCAAUUAUAUAGGAAAGAAUGAAAAUUGUUACUUCCUUACCAUUGUAGACUAGAGAACAAUAUCAAUUAACUAUUCUCAAUCUUUCCUGUACUGAAACUUGUUCUGAAACGUAUCACAGAUAAACCUAUAUAAUUAAUAUGAGUUAAUAAAAUUGAAUCGAUCCACCAAUAAAUCGUUCCCGCAAACUGA